AUGGACUACUCGGGAUUCCCAUUGUUUCCCGCUAUCCCGGCCUCGAUUAGACGGCGGCUGCCCCGCUUAUACUCGUCCCACCGUGCGCCCAUAGGUACCGAAUCGAGCGGGGAUCCGCGCCGCGGACUGGCUUCCAUAUCAGAACCUCAUCUGCUGUGCCAUGGCCAAUCCAUAGAGCGAGUGAUACCCGAGGUACGACCCUGGACAGCAAGCGAUGAUCUGGACUCUUUUGAUUCUGGCUCCCGGAGCCCGGACAGCCCUCCAGCCGAGGAAAUGGGAAGUCCGACUAAAUAUGAAGCCGAGUCCGGGUUGCGAUGGAACCGGGUAGUACCCGCGUUCAAUCUUUUGCGCAACGCGGGAUAUGAAGCCCAGCAACCACAAGCCGACGGCCGUCUAGCUCGAUCGCUUUAUGUAAAUGCCUUGGUUUACCUUCUCGAUGCUUUACCGCCAGAUCUGUCUACCGAGGAGACUUCCAUGCUCGAACAUCACAUCCCAGAGCCGGUCAAAGCAUCACUAACGCCAUAUCCUCAACCACCGCAAUAUCUCCCUGAUGGGAACAACAAAUACAACUCCCACCCGAGAUCGUAUCUACAUAGACUCCUCGCCUCGACAAUUGUGCAAAUAUUUAUUCUCCUGCGAUUCCUUCUACCAUAUGCAAAGCUGCUUUUGCACCAGCCGAUGGGCUCGGGAAAGGCAGUGUCAACAUUGGGGUGGCGGUUUGCAAACUCCAUGAAGGAAGACGAUAAGCAUCUCAACUUCUCCAACUUCUUCUGUACAAUGGCGACCACCAGAUUACCCUGCAUUCCGUCUCUUCGAAAGCAGCAGCUCCACCUGGAAUUUGCGAGCUUAAAACAUGCAACACCGCCAGGGGUCUACGUGACCCUGGCUCCUGGAGACCCAACACUCUGGAAUGGAGUGAUCUUCGUUCGCUCAGGCCCCUACGCAUCCGCAAUCCUCCGCUUCCAACUACGCUUCCCUGACACCUACCCCGACCUCCCACCUCUGGUCACCUUCGCGACCGACUUCUUCCACCCAUUGAUUGUGCCUCUCACCACUUAUACCUUCAGUACCGGCUCGGCAAGUGACAACCCGGUCAGCGCAACAGACGAGGAACGAUUACCGCCUGGCGGGUUCAGUCUCCGCCAUGGAUUCCCUCACUGGUUUGGCAGAGCAAAGCGGAGCGGCUUAGCAUCGGGGAAUACAUCGCGAAAUGUAAGCGGGAAUAGUGCAAAUGCUGCACCGGCGAGUGAAACGAGUGCUGCAGAUCCUGCAAAAAGCGAUGUAGCCCCGGACACGUCGACUGCCCCGACAUCAACGGACCCGGAAACCAGUGACAAUGACGUGGGGACACCACGCGUGGCCCAGGUCCCUUUCACGGACCAGUUUGCGGAACCAAAGUCUAUUGUCCCUGUCUCAGAAAUACUGAAUUACAUCCGGUCGACGUUCGAUGACGAAACUGUGCUGGAUUCGUUGCCAGUUGAAGUCGCCGGAAAUCCUGGGGCAUGGCAUGCGUGGAAGGCACAUCGCCGAGGUGGUACUGGUGGAGGAUGGAAACGGGGAAGUCCGCAGGCCCGGCUUCCCGGUGAUUGGCAUUGGGAUGGGAUCUGGGCUCGGCGGACUCAAGAUGAGAUUGAGAAUUCGCGGUCUGAUCCGAUGUUGUUUGGAAGUGCUGCUCGUGGGAGUGGGGAUGAAAUGAUUCGGUUCUCACGAUUGGAUGAUGCGAGCUUGAACUCGGUCAAGGAGAGUAUGGCAGCCAUGGUAGGCAAUGUGUAA